GGUGGGGCAGCCAGUGGGAGGGACGGUAGGAGGGCCAGAGGGGGCGGUGCCCUGUGGCGGAGUUGAGUUGUGUUGUGUUGUGUUGUGUUGUGAUGGUCGGCGAGAAAGUUUUCCGGCGAAACCUCCGGCUCGUUUUGCGUCGCGGAGCAAGGAGCGAAAACCCUUCAGAAGAAUAGCGGGGAUCGGAAGUCAAUGGGAUAGUCGGCGGCGCGCGAGAGCCGAGGUACUUUCCAGAAGAUUCUGCGGGAGCCCCUGGGUUUGCGGAUCUUUGCACCAUAUGUAGUUGGAAGUGAAGACCUGUUGGGCUUUAGACGCCCUUGAAAAACUGUUACAGUGUUUGUACAAAAGUGUUUGCGAAUAUUUGCACAGAAACCCUUCUCAUGCAGGUUAAUGACGGGUCAAGGCACCAGGAAACAAAUCCCAAGACGUUCAAGGAGAUGGAGAAGAUGACAGAGGAACUGCACAUACAGACCAAGGAACAAAAUGCGAACACGGAGAUUCAGACUGAACGUGAAGAUUUUGCAUCAGAAGAGCAGCGUGACACAUCAGAAUCUCCCAGAGAAGAGAGCAAGCAAGAGAAGGAAGAAGAAAAGGAAGAACAGUUAAUGGAAGAAAAGAAAAGGAAAAAAGAGGACAAGAAAAAGAAAGACGCCACUCAGAAGGUUACAGAACAAAAAACCAAAGUGCCCGAAGCGACGAAGCCAAGCUUAAGCCAGCCUCCAACUGCCACCUCAGUUGGCAGUGUUUCAACACCAGCCGGCAACGGUGGUAACAAUGCCAAAAGGGCGGUGGCCACCAACGGCCAGCCACAGAACGCCGCCCGCUAUCUGCCCCGUGAGGUGCCUCCUCGAUUUCGCCAGCAAGAGCACAAAGUGUUACUAAAACGUGGUCAGCCCCCUCCGCCUUCCUGUGGACUUCUUGGAGGUGGGGCGGGGCCUCCUGGGUUGCCGGGAUCAAACCCCGGCACUGCACAACCAUUGACGCAACCCAACGGUCCACUGCAGCACGGCAGUACACCAGUGGACACAAACCCUGGGGGUGCUGGUUCAAAUUAUGCAAAUUCUGCUUGGGGUUCUGGAUCAUCCAGCACUGACCUCAACCACGGCUGGGAUAAGUUAAUCGUAGACGGGUCUGAUAUGGAGGCUUGGCCUUGCAUCACAGGCAGAGACUCUGAGUCGGCUUCGGAACACAUAGAUAACGAAGGUGCCUCAAACCUUGGCUCUGAGAAGAGCCUGCCACCUGGAAGUGGCGCUGCCAGGAACUGCAAAGGAGCUGCAAACCAGUUCGCUGCUGGGAGCGGAAAGAAUGAAUGUAAAUUGGGGGCCUGGAACAUGGGCCUUGUGCCUAAACCCAGUCACGCAUCUUCCAUCUCUUCGGAGAGCAAAGACGGACUUAACAAUUGGAAAAACUUGAGCAGCCCUGAUGGAGCUGGCCUUGGGUUGACCUUGAACCCAAAUAUCAACCCAUCGGCCUGGCCAGUAUUGGGCCAGGAGGGCACUUCUGGAAAAGGUACUUUGGAGACGGACAUUUCGAGCUCCAGUGCACAACUUAGUGCAGUAGGUCAAAGCCCUAGGGAUCAGGAUGGUACUUCUACAAGCGCCUGGGCAAAACAGUCUAAAACGGAAAAUGCGGGUGUUACAUGGAAUGCUUCUGUUGGAGAACAGCCUCAAGCUCUUAACACUGAUGGACCAAAUAAUGGCGACACUAACUCUUUGAAUGCAAGCUCACAGAGCACCGGGAACCCUUUGCAAAAUAAGGGAGUGUCUGAAACAACAGGGAAUGGGACCUGGAGCAUGCCCUUAGGAAUGGGUUUGGGAAACCCCUUGGUAUUGAAUCAAUCUGUGAGCACUGAAGCCUCAUCCGAAGGCAGUAUUAGAGGAACUAUGGAGGGACGGGCAACUGGGGGUUCUUGGAAUACAGUUUGGGGAUCUUCUGGAACCGAUUCCAUUUCUGGACAAAAUGGUACAGGAACUGAUGGCAAUAAUGGACGCAGUGGCGAUGAUGCAGCAAAAAAUGGCUCUGGUAUGAAACAGUUACUGGUGAAUAGAUCAAGAACUGAAUCAUGGGACAAUAAUGGUGGAUCCUGGGACUCUGAGACACAAGACCCCAACAAAGCAAAAAAUUGGGGUAAAGGGAACAGAACAGCAUCUGGUAGUGCUCAGGGUUUAUGGGGUCAACAGCCAGGGACUGAUAAUCGGUCAGAAGGAGAUUGGGUUGGCUCUACUAAUGAACAGAGUUGUGGCACAGGCGGAUGGGACAAUCACAGGGUAAAUCCCCCCCCAGAAAACCAAGGAGAGAAUGCCCAAAAUUCCAGCUGGGUAAAGGCCUCUAGUUCCACUGGGAGUGACUCUGGUAGUCGAAACAACAACAAAAAAGGAGGCGCUGACAACCACCCAGGAGGACGGCGCUUAAACAAGGCUGAUCAUCCUGACCAAGAGGAAGUAUUGCAAACUGUAAUAAACAGGGCUGAUCUAGACCCAAGGGUGCUGUCAAACACUGGGUGGGGCCAAACUCAGAUAAAGCAGAACACAACUUGGGAAGUCCAGGAGUUACCCAGGAAUGAGAGGCGCACUGACAAAGGAACAGAAGGGUGGGAGAGCACUGCCACUCAGAGCACUAACUCAGGGGGCUGGGGCGAAGGGUCCAGUCAAACCAGUCGCUGCACCUCUGGGUGGGGAGAUGCUCCCCAGUCUUCAAACAUGGAGUGGAAGGAUUCAAAGGCUCCAAGUGGAUGGGUGGACCCAAAGAACAGUCAAAGUUGGGGAGGUGGAACACCAGAAGAGAAAGCACCAUCUUGGAAUGAUGGGCCUAGAACCAAGGAACCGGGUUGGGGUGCAAAGCAGCAACAAACUCAAGGAUGGCCUGCCAAUAAUGGCUGGGGUGAUGGAAGUGGACAGCCAGCUGAGCAACCAAAAGCAGGUGGCUGGGACAGUUCAAACUCGAGAUGGGGUGAAAGUGGCCGUGGUGAUGUAGGAUCUUGGAGUGGUGGCAGUAGUUCUAAUACUAAUCAAAGAGGUGGGUGGGAGGACCCCACAAGACACCAGGGAUGGGGUGAGCCAUCCAAAGCAACCACUUCUAAUUGGAACAAGCAGCCAGAGGUAUCUGGUUCCUGGGGCACCGCUUCUGCUAAUAGCCGACAGUCUGGGCCAGGUUGGGGCUCGGCACCUGUGCCGCCGAUGCCCUCUUCAGCUGUCCCACCUGCAACUAUCCAAACUUUGCCAAAGGAGGAAGAACCUACUGGAUGGGAAGAGCCUUCGCCGCAAUCCAUCUCCCGAAAGAUGGAGAUUGACGAUGGCACCUCAGCCUGGGGUGAUCCCACUAGCUACAAUUAUAAGAAUGUGAAUCUGUGGGACAAAAACUCUCAAAAUGAUAGCUCUGGAAGUGGGCCAAUACAACGGGAGCAGAAUGCAUCAAGUGCGGUUACAGGACGAGGAUCCACAUCGAGUUCUGGUUCAAAAUCAAUGCAGGAUGGAUGGGGAGGUGGCGAUCGACCUACUGUGGCAAAUACUCGUCCCCCAAGCUGGGAAGAAGAUGAUGAUAAUUCAAUGGGCCUGUGGAACAGUACUGGAACUCAGGAGAGUAGUUCACCCUACAACUCAGCUAACUGGACCUCAGGCGGGAAGAAAAUUCACAAGGGCUCCAUGAAAGGUGGGAACAAUGACACAUGGAUAAACCCCCUCUCUUCACAAUUUUCCAAAAUGGGAUUACUGAGGGAGUCUUCCGAAGACAGCGUUGGUAACAAAAUGGACUUAACUGUUGGUGGUCUACCAGACAAAAAGCUGGAAUCUGAUAAACGUGGCAUGAACAUGGAUUACAAUGGAAUGAUGAGAAAGGAACGUUCUGGAUUCCGGCCAUCAAAUUCCAAAGAUUCGCCCACCACAGACAGUGGACCCUACUUUGAGAAGCUGACUUUGCCUUUCUCCAAUCAAGAUGGGUGCCUGUCUGACGAGGCACCUAACUCGCCCUUCUCCCCUCCUCCAAGCUGCAAGCUGUCUCCCUCAGGCACUGCUCUACCCACCGCCAGCCUCGGCUGCAUCGGCUCUGGUCUUAACAUGCAAAACCUAAACGCUAGACACAAUGGCAAUCAUGGUUUAUUUGGCAGCAGCACAGCACAAUCCAGAGGUGUGCACACGCCUCAGGUGCAGUCCAUGAAUUCAUCCCAGCCUAACCUUCGGCCUCAAGUGCCUCCGCAGUUCCUGCCCCCCCCUCAGGUUCCUGCCCCCAUGUUGAAGCAUACCACUCCGAAUGGUGCCCUGAACCCAGCCUUGUUUAGCCUUGGUCCUCAACUAACCCCUCAACAAAUAGCUAUGCUCAGCCAACUCCCUCAGCUCCCACAGCUACAGUUGGCUUACCAGCUGUUGCUUCAACAGCAACAACAGCAGCAAGUGCUGCAAAACCAACGGAAGCUGUCUGCCGCAGUCCGACAACAACAAGAACAGCAACUUGCCCGCAUUGUUAAUGCCCUGCAGCAGCAACAACAGCAACAACAGCAGCAUCGACACAACAACACCCCUGGGAUGAAGCAUUCUCCGUCACAUCCCGGCAUGCCCAAGCAACACCUGGAUAAUGUUGUGCCUAGUUCUCUUCCCACUGGCCUUCCAGACUUCCAGACCAAAGGACAGAUUCAGCCAGGCUACCCAAUGGGCAUGGGCUCAAACAUGAACGUAAACCAGUUAGACGUCAACAGUAUUGUUGGAAUGAAAGAACCUCAAUCGCAGCAAUCACGGCUCAAGCAGUGGACAACCAUGGAUGGUCUCUCUCCUGCCACUCCACCACCAGAUCACAACCCCCUGAAAAAUGGUGCUAUUUCGAGCGGCAUGGCACCACCGGUGAAGCCUCGAGAUAGUUUGCCCUAUUAUGAAAUGAUAGCAGGUGAUUCCUUGGCCAGCCAUUCUGGCCCUACGAGUGAUAACUGGUCCACCCCUAAGCUCUCAAAUGGUUCCAGCGGCUCCAGUUGGCCUCCAGAGUUCCGCCCUGGGGAGCCAUGGAAGGGUUUCCAAAACAUUGACCCUGAAUCGGAUCCGUAUGCGACCCCAGCGAGCAUGAUAAACAGCUCUGCAGCACCCCCAUCCCCAGAUUCGGAACACCAACUUCUCAGGGACAGGAGCACAGGGUCCAGUUCCUCCCUGAACACCUCGCUGCCUUCACCCGGUGCCUGGUCCUAUAGUGCCUCAAACAGCUCCUACAGCACCGUACAGAGCACUUCAGCCAAGUUCAGUGACUUCAAGUCGACGUGGUCUCCAGAUCCAAUUGGACAUCCCAGGAUGUGGAAAAAUCAGAUGUCAUCUAAAAACACUAACCCGCCAACACGGCCACCACCAGGACUGACUAAUCAGAAACCUCCGUCAUUUCCGUGGGGAAGUGGAACGCCCCGGUUCAGCAGAGGAUGGGGCAUGCAAGAGUCACGAUAUGCCCUUAGUUCCAACUGGAGUGAUGGCAAUUCGGGUGGAUCUGGCCGAGUCAGCUCCUGGCUUGUUCUUCAUAAUCUCACUCCCCAGAUUGAUGGCUCCACUCUCCGAACAAUCUGCAUGCAGCAUGGGCCGCUGAUAACAUUCCACCUGAACCUGACGCACGGCACCGCAUUGGUCCGGUACAGCACCAAACAAGAGGCUGCCAAGGCCCAGACUGCGCUGCACAUGUGUGUGUUGGGGAACACUACCAUCCUUGCUGAGUUUGUCAGUGAAGAGGAAGUCAACCGCUAUUUUGCACAAGGUCAGUUAUCGACACCUUCCCCAGGCUGGCAGACGCUGGAGACAGGACAGAGUCAGAUGGAUCCAGUGGGGAGCAGCCUGCAUUCGUUCGGAGGCCGGGCCAGCCUGGGACAGUGGAACAGUGCCGGAGGAGUGGGCAGGGGUAGUGGGAACUUGGCGGGAGCUUCGCUCUGGGCCACCCCGAGCUACACGGCAAGCUUGUGGGGUGCCCCGAAUUCUGACGAUCCGCACCGAAUGGGCAGUCCAGCGCCCCUACUACCUGGUGACCUCCUGGGUGGAGGGGCUGAUUCAAUUUGAACUUUUAAGCUUUCAACCUUUGACCUGUGACCUCGUGAACUUUUUUGAACAGCAGCACUAAUGUGUUUUUUUUCAAACUGCAAUAAGUUUCAAGACAAGUUUAAAGAAAAAAAAGGAGAAAAAAAAGAAAAAAGUGAAACAAAUUAAGGGGGU